AUGGAUGGGCGCGGCAAGGGCAAGGCGCCCAACCCCAGCGUCGACGAGGUGCCCUGUCUUCUGCCGACGAGAUGGUGGUUUGCCAGCACGGCAUUUCCCCUACUAGCAGGAACUCUGGGCCCUAUGGCAAAUGCAUUCAGCAUCUGCUCACUCUCCCAGAACUGGAGGGCAGAGGUGGGAACCGUUGCAACCGGAAACCUUCCAAAGACCGUCAAAGAUCCGUCAUGGUUGUUCAUCACUCGCUUAAUCUGA